AAUCCAGAUUGGACUAUCGGAAGCAGUGCAGUAAAGAUCUGGAAAUCCAGUUCCCUUCUAAUUUCGUUGUAGAGCAAACAACAGAGAGAAAAAGAAGAAAGAGAUGGGAGGAGGAGGAGAUGGACACAGCACGACAUACAAAGGGUUGACAAUGCAUCAACCAAAGCGAUGGCAUACUGUUACUGGAAAGGGCAUGUGUGCUCUCAUGUGGUUUUGGAUAAUGUAUAGGGCAAAGAAGGAUGGCCCAGUAGUUUUGGGUUGGAGACAUCCUUGGGAGGGUCAUGAAGAUCACUCUCACGGGCAUGGCCAUGGAAAUGGACAGGGGCAUGAGGCUUCCCAUUGAAAAUCUCCCAGAGAACACUGAAGCUGUUGUACCUGUUAUACUCCCGAAGCAGCUGGUGAUUCUUUACUUUUCCUUGUACAAGUGUGAUGAACAUGCACAUCGUAAUGAAUAAAGAAAACAUCCUAUUUCCAGACAUUUUAGAUGUUUCUGUUCACAUUUUGGUUACUUAACAAAUUUUUUGGUGUGGGGUCUUAUGUAUUCUUAUAUCUAUAUUCGUAGUUUGAUUUGAUUACAUAAAAAUCCAAACUUUUGGUUGUUCAAGUUAUCAAGUAGGGUUUUGUGCGUUCGCAGUUGGCGGGUUUAAUCGGUUAUUGAGUUUAAAAUCGUUUAUAAAGCAUUAAA